AUGUCAGAAUAUGAAAACGUUGCUGGUGGAGCAUUAAAAUUAAAAGGCGAUUCUUCAAAGAUUAAAAAGAAGAAGAGGAAAUCCUCCAAGGAAAAAGAAAAAAUCACCUCAUUAGCCAAAGAAAUUGUCAAAGAAGAGAAACCAAAGCAACCACUAAUCCGUGUUGUAGAAAAGACUGAGGCCGAAAAGAAAUUUGAAGAGAUUCAACGAAAGAGACUCGAACAAAAAGUUAUUAAGGCUGCUCAGAAGUCUCAUAAAGAACGCGUUGCGGAACUCAAUCGUAAGCUCGAAGAAAUGACUGAGCAUUACGACAUUCCAAAGGUCGGACCUGGUUAA